AUGGAAGAAGCUUCGAUCCAUAAAUGGCUUCUCUUACUUCAAUUGCCAAGCCUGACCUAUUUCCGUCACAGGUUCAAGAUGGGAAUAUCUCUGGAAAAAGUCCUUAGUGUUGUUCUCAGCCUUUUGAACAGUGAGAGUGGAAAACAACCUUAUUGGUCUGCUUAUGAGGGUGAUAGGAAGCUACGCGAAGGAGAGUUUAUUGUCCAAAUAUGUAUGGCAAUUAAAGAUUGUGUCUCCAAAACAUUAAAGAGAUUAGAGGAGAAGAUUCAUGGACGAGUUAUAAGGCAUCUGAUGUACCUAAUGCAGAUUUCAGAGAGGCCUAUCCAAAGACGAGUUGCUCUUGCUCAUCUCUGUUCAGCAGAGGAUCCAUAUUCAUUGAUGACAAAGGCAUGA